GAAGGUGGUUCUGACCGAAAAACACCGACCACAAAAACCAGCGGACGGGAAAAGUUUUCCGUGGUCCGCUUGGGAGCCGCUAACUCUCCGAACUCCUCCGAACUCAACCACCGAAGUCUGAGACUGACGCGGAACUUUUCCACUUCCGGGAAAAGUGUCGGAUUCUAAAAGUUUGAGUCGUAGUUCGGGCUGAACUUGGUGAAAAUGGAGAGUCCAGCUGAGUGAGAGAGAGUGGGGUGAGGAGGCAGGCUUUGGCACGGCACGGCUCGGCUCAUGCUAACAGGCUAACACUGUUAGCUUACACUGCCCUCCGCUAACAGCGACUAAUAAUGAGAGCCUCCCUCCGCCGUUCUCUGGGCUGGGAUUCUCCAAAGGAGCCGCUUUAUCUGUGGCAAGACUGCUGCUGACAUUGCAGCUUUUCCCGAUGGAUCGAAGCUUAGUUGAUGAUCUUAUUUUCUGUGGAAGUUCAGCGUAAAUCUGAAACAUAACUUUGCAUUUCUUCUAAAGGCAACUGCACUGAAGCUUGUUUUAAAGAGAAUGGAUGCCCCCAGGCUCCGAGCCCCCCCCCCACACCCCCCUUUCCCCUGAUCAAUCUGUUUUUGUGCCCGGAGCAUCUACACUAACUCAUGCAAUUUUCCUGCAGACAUUCAGCGUAUUACAGCAUGUAGGAUGGGACUGUGCUGUGUGCUUCAGGCCCACUGAGGCUCCACUGGCUUUGGAAAACAGGCCUAUCCGUUUACUCUGCUAAAGGACCAUCACCAAUAAUACACUAUUCACUGGUUAAGUCCGCUGUCAAAGUGCCGGCCGAGACGCAUUCAUGAACGCAUGGACUUCCUGGGCCGGGCUUCAGUGGACGUACGGGCCGUUGUUCAUGACCUUUGGAGUGGCUGUAAUCAGCUUUAUUCAUGAACCCUCUGUCUGAGGCCGAGUACAGCGUGGAGGCCGGACGCCCUGACUGUGUCCGAUCAGCUGUUGAUGCGGUGAUGAGGCAGGGCUCCUGGGGGCCUCACAGGCUGGCUGGGCACAGGCCCAAGGUGAUGUGAUGGGGUGCAGGAACAGUAAGGUCCUCCCUGAGCCUCCAGGGGAUGUGCAGUUGGACCUGGUCAAAAAGGUUGACCCUCUCCAACCUCCUCAGACAGAUAUCUAUAAGCACUUCAUACGAGGGGAUGACACUGGAAGCAAGAUGGGUGGGGCUGGUGGGGGAGGAGUUAACAAGACAGGCUCCACCUCACCCUAUCAGGCCCAGGCACAAGCUGCCACUCCCACAGCUUCUGCCCCGCCCCCCAAAGAGCCCUCCGAACUGUCGGACCCUCAGCGGAAGAAGGUGGCGAAGUAUCGAGCCAAGUUUGACCCGCGGGUCACAGCCAAGUACGACGUCAAAGCUCUGAUCGGACGGGGGAGUUUUAGCCGAGUUGUUCGCGUGGAACACAAAAGCACACGGCAGCCGUACGCUAUCAAGAUGAUAGAGACUCGAUACCGGGAGGGACGGGAGGUGUGCGAGUCGGAGUUGUGCGUUUUGCGUCGUGUUCGUCAUACCAAUAUAAUCCAGCUGAUGGAGGUGUUCGAGACGGCAGAACGCGUCUACAUGGUGAUGGAGCUGGCCACCGGUGGCGAGCUCUUCGACCGCAUCAUCGCUCGCGGUUCUUUUACGGAACGGGACGCCACACGGGUCCUACAGAUGGUCCUGGACGGCGUCAAGUACCUGCACACAUUGGGUAUUACUCACCGAGACCUAAAGCCCGAGAACCUGCUCUACUACCAUCCCGGAGCCGAUUCCAAGAUCAUCAUCACCGACUUCGGUUUGGCCAGCAGCAGGAAAAAGGGGGACGAGUGUCUGAUGAAGACCACCUGCGGAACACCCGAGUACAUCGCCCCCGAGAUCCUGGUGAGGAAGCCCUAUACGAACGCUGUGGACAUGUGGGCGCUGGGAGUGAUAUCGUACAUCCUGCUGAGCGGAACCAUGCCCUUCGAAGACGACAAUCGCAUGAGGCUGUACCGGCAGAUCCUCAAAGGGAAGUACAGCUUCUCUGGAGAGCCGUGGCCCAACGUAUCCAACCUGGCCAAAGACUUCGUGGAGCGCAUCCUGACGGUGGAUCCCAGCGAGCGCCUGACGGCCGGCCAGGCGCUCAAACACCCCUGGAUCGUCAGCAUGGCGGCGUCUUCGUCCAUGAAGAACCUGCAGCGCUGCAUCUCCCAGAACCUCCUGAAGAGGGCGUCGUCGCGCUGCCACAGCACCAAGUCGGCCCAGUCCACGCGCUCCAGCCGCUCCACCAAGUCCAACAAAGCCCGACGGGUCCGCGAGAAGGAGCUGCGCGAGCUUAACCGCCGCUACCAGCAGCAGUACAACGGCUAAGCGGGCGGAGACCGCAGCGGAGCGUUUGGGUUUGAACUGGAACGGCUCUGAACCACAGCUGCCACACCCACUGCUGCGGCCCAAACAGCGGGACCGGCAGUUCAGGAAGUUCUGGAUCAUCAGCUUUAAAAUAGGACGGCAGUGAGCGGACUGAACCCACAGCCAUCAGAGGAACCUGCUGCAAACUGUGACCCAACCACGGAGUCACAAACAACCGCUGUCCCAUUGGACACUGUGUCAAACAUAGGGCCUGCGGACCCUGAACCGGCCCGCCAAAGGGUCCGGUCCGGCCCGUGGGAUGAAUUUGUGAAACGCAAAAAUGACACUGAAGAUGUUAACAACCACUUUAGUUCAGG